GCUGGCCUGCCCGGCCUGCAGGCCGACCUGCUGAGCAGACAGGCCCAGGUGAAGCCUCAGGAGCCCGGGAUCCCCGGAUUCCCGGAGUCCCGGAGCGCGGAGCCGGAGCAGCCCGGCUCGCGCGCGGCCUGCUCGGCCCCCGGGGGUGACGCGACGGCGGAAGCCACCAUGUUCAACCAGCUCCAGCAGCAGCAGCUCCAACAGCACCUGCAACAGCAGCAGCAGCUGCUGCAGCUCCAGCAGCUGCUCCAGCAGUCCCCGCCGCAGGCCUCGCUGCCCGUGGCCAUCAGCAGGGGGCUCCCCCAGCAGCAGCCACAGCAGCAGCUUCUGAAUCUCCAGGGUGCCGCCAACUCAGCCUCCCUCCUCAAUGGCUGUGUGCUUCAGAGGGCUUUGCUUCUGCAGCAGUUGCAAGGACUGGACCAGUUUGCAAUGUCACCAGCUACGUACGACAGUACCGGUCUCACCAUGCCCACAGCACCAUUGGGUAACCUUCGCAGCUACAACCUGGCAACCCCGAACCUGACAGCCCCCAGCCUCACACCCCCACAGCUGGCCACCCCAAAUCUACAGCAGUUCUUUCCUCAGGCCACUCAGCAGUCCCUGCUGGGCCCCCCUCCUGUCAGGGUCCCCCCCAUACACCCCUCCAAGAUCAUGCUUUCAGGGCGGACCCCCCCGAAACAGGCCCGGACACCCCCCUCCACCAUCCCCGAUCACAAGGAUUCUUCUUCUCAGACAACCCCCGUGGACGACAAGGCAGACCCCGCGGAGGGGUCUGAGGAAGCCUCGGAGCCCCGCGCGGACACCCCAGUCCCUCGUCUGCCCCUCGUCCUGGACCCAGCCUCUCCUCCCUGCCCAGAUGACUUUGCCAAGGAGAGACGCACUUCAGCACCUGAGCCAGAGUCCUGUGAGGUGGCUGAGCCUCCAGCUAAAAGGUCAAAGAGCUCAGAGGAGCCCUCCGAGAAGGGACCCUCAGGGCAGCUGCAGGUGAAGGUCCAGCCACAGGCCCGGAUGACUGCACCAAAGCAGACGCAGACGCCGGAGCUGCUGCCUGAGCCCCUGGAGGCGCGAGUGCUGCCGCGGUUCCAGCCACGGGUUCUGCAGGUGCAGGCCCCGGUGCAGCCACAGACUCAGCCACAGGUGCCGCCCGUGGACGCCCAGGUGCAGCCAAAGCUGCAGAAGCAGGCGCAGACACAGACCUCUCCAGAGCACCUAGUGGCGCAGCGGGUGCCGCCCAAGCUGCAGGAGGAGGCUGAGCCUCGGAAGCAGGUGCAGCCGCAGGUGAAGCCACAGGCGCAGCCGCAGGCACAAUUACAGCCCCCUCGGCAGGCGCAGCCACAGCUGCAGAAGCAAGCACAGACGCAGACGUAUCCCCAGGCCCAGGCAGGAACACAGGCACAGGCCCAGACCCUGGAGGAGCCGCCGGAGCAACCUCCAGUGCAGUUGCCAGUGCCGCCCUCGGACCAGGCCCAGGGGCAGGCCCAGACCCAGCCACAGGGGCCGGCAUCGGAGCGAGCACCCGUUCUGGUUCAUUCUCCCGUGCUAGAGAUACCGCCCAGUACGAUAGAAGCUGGAGCAGGCCUGGAGGGGGCCUCCCCAGAGCCAGCGGGCGCCCAGGUCAGCACGGAGGAGAGCCAGGAGGAGCUGACCGGCGGCCUGGAUGUGGGGGAGUGUGAGAAAAGAGCGAGAGAGAUGCUCAGGGUGUGGGGGGCCGGGGGCUCCCUGAAGGUCACCAUCCUGCAGAGCAGUGACAGCCGGGCCUUUAGCACUGUGUCCGUCGCACCCGGGCCACGCUCCAGCGACUCGACCUCCGCCACCCCCGCUGCCGCCGCCAGCACGCCCUCCGAGCAGGCCCCCCAGUUCUUCUGCUACAUCUGCAGGGCCAGCUGCUGCGGCCAGCAGGAGUUCCAGGACCACAUGGCGGGCGCCCAGCACCAGCAGCGGCUCGCGGAGAUGCAGCACACGAGCCAGGCCUGCCUCCUGUCCCUGCUGCCCGUGCCCCGGGAUGUCCUGGACAGAGAGGACGAGGACCCUCCCCUGAGGCGCUGGUGCAACACCUGCCAGGUCUACUACAUGGGGGACCUGAUCCAGCAUCGCAGGACACAGGACCACAAGAUCGCCAAACAGUCCCUGCGACCUUUCUGCACCGUUUGCAGCCGCUACUUCAAGACACCCCGCAAGUUCGUGGAGCACGUGAAGUCCCAGGGACACAAGGACAAAGCCAAGGAGCUGAAGAUGUUCGAGAAGGAGGUGACCGGUCAGGAUGAGGAUCACUUCAUCACAGUGGAUGCCGUGGGCUGCUUUGAGGACGACGAAGACGAGGAAGAUGAUGAUAAUGAAGAAGAAGAAGAAGAAGAGAUCGAGGUCGAGGAGGAGCUCUGCCAGCAGGUGAGGCCCAAAGGUGUAUCCACAGAGGAGUGGAAAGACUCGGAGACCUACAGCCCCAACACUGCGUAUGGCGUGGACUUCAUGGUGCCCGUCGUGGGCUACGUCUGCCGCGUCUGCCACAAGUUCUACCACAGCAGCUCGGAGGCGAAGAUCUCCCACUGCAAGUCCUUGGCCCACUUCGAGAACCUGCAGAAAUACAAGAAGACCAAGAACCCCAGCCCCGCCACCAGGCCCGUGAGCCGCCGGUGCGCCAUCACUGCCCGGAAUGCCCUGACGGCUCUGUUCACCUCCAGCGGCCGCUCACACCCCCAGCCCGGCCUCCAGGACGCAGCCAAGGGCCCCAGCAAGGUGAAGGCCCAGCCUCCCCAGCCCCCACCGUUUCGGCGCUCAGCCCGGCUCAAAACCUGAUAGGAGAAGCUCCCCACGCCCACCUGGUCUGGGUCCAGAUGGACGCUGUUUAGAGCCUGCGUGGAAACCAUGACCCGGCAUUUUUACUCAGAACCCAAUAAAAGAAGCGACUCUAGGAGGGAGGUCUUGGUACCCCCCGAUUCCAGAUGAAGAAACUGAGGCCUAGCCAGG